CCCUCCGCCAAACACACACAGGAUACACACAACAACACCCUGACAGAUCCACGAAAAGAGACCAGCGCAUUUCUGCUGUCUGCUGUCUACUGCGAUGGGUGUAGUCUGAAAACAAGUGCAUUCUGUGGCGAACCGCGAUAUACCUCGAAGUUGAAUCCUCAUGAAGGAGCUCCGUCCUGGCUGAGUUCGGGAGAUGGGAGUACUCAACAUUGCAGACCAGCCUCCUCUGGUCCAGGCCAUCUUCAAUCGCAAUGCUGAUGAAGUUCAAUUAUUAUUGCACAAAAAUGAGGACGUCAAUGCACUGGAUCAAGAGCGGCGUACACCACUUCAUGCUGCUGCCUGUGUGGGAGAUGUCCACAUUAUAGACCUUCUCAUAGAGGCAGGAGCCAGUGUGAAUGCUAAAGACCAUAUUUGGUUGACCCCAUUGCACAGAGCAGCCGCUUCCAGAAAUGAAAGAGCUGUAGGUUUGCUGCUGAGGCGAGGAGCUGAGGCAAAUGCACGAGACAAGUCCUGGCAGACUCCUUUGCAUGUGGCAGCUGCCAACCGCGGCACUCGCUGCGCAGAGGCCCUGCUGACCCAACUGAGCAACCUGAACAUGGCCGAUCGCAGUGGACGAACUGCCCUGCACCACGCUGCUCAGAGCGGGUUUCAAGAGAUGGUGAAGCUCCUUCUGAACAAAGGGGCCAACAUCAGUGCCAUCGAUAAGAAAGAAAGACAGCCUAUUCAUUGUGCUGCUUAUUUAGGGCAUCUGGAGAUUGUAAAAUUACUGGUGUCCCGAAGUGCAGACAAGAACUGCAAAGAUAAGCAGGGUUACACGCCUCUUCAUGCUGCCGCUGCAGGUGGUCAUAUUGACAUAGUUAAAUACCUUCUGAGGAUGGGCACUGAGAUUGACGAACCGAAUGGAUUUGGGAACACAGCACUCCAUGUGGCUUGCUACAUGGGGCAGGAGGCUGUGGCGACUGAACUUGUCAAUCAUGGAGCAAACGUUAACCAGCCCAACAAGUGUGGCUACACCCCUCUGCACCUGGCUGCUGUCUCCACCAACGGUGCCCUCUGUCUGGAGUUGCUGGUCAACAAUGGGGCAGAUGUCAACCAGCAGAGCAAAGAAGGGAAGAGCCCCUUGCACAUGGCAGCCAUUCAUGGGCGCUUUACACGCUCUCAGAUCCUCAUUCAAAAUGGUGGGGAAAUAGAUAGUGUGGAUAAGUAUGGCAAUACUCCUCUCCAUGUUGCUGCUAAGUAUGGCCAUGAAUUGCUGAUCAGCACUCUGAUGACCAAUGGAGCAGACACGGCCAGACGUGGGAUCCAUGGAAUGUUCCCUUUGCACUUAGCUGUGCUGUACGGGUUUUCAGACUGUUGUCGCAAGUUACUCUCCUCAGGUCAGCUGUAUAGUAUAGUUUCCUCUAUGAGUAAAGAGCACGUACUAUCAGCUGGGUUCGACAUUAAUACCCCGGACAACUUUGGGAGGACCUGCCUACACGCUGCUGCCUCUGGAGGAAACGUUGAAUGUCUGAACUUGCUCUUAAGCAGUGGUACUGACUUGAAUAAGAGGGACUUAAUGGGAAGGACACCGUUGCACUAUGCGGCUGCUAAUGGGAGGUACCAGUGCACUGUGGCCCUGGUGAGCGCUGGCGCUGAGGUCAAUGAGGCGGACCAAACCGGCUGCACCCCCCUGCACUACUCUGCGGCCUCCCAAGCCUUCAGCAGAGUCGAUCGUCAAUUUUCUGGAACUCAUCAGAAUAAUGAAGAUGAAGCAAAGGAAUCAUACUUCUGCUUGGAGCAUCUUCUGGACAAUGGAGCCGAUCCUUCAAUGGUCAAUGCAAAGGGUUACAGCGCUGUUCACUAUGCAGCUUAUCAUGGAAACAAACAAAACCUGGAGUUGCUUCUGGAGAUGUCCUUCAAUGCACUAGGAGACAUAGAAAGUAGUAUUCCUGUCAGCCCCCUCCAUCUUGCGGCGGACGGUGGACAUUGGGGAGCGCUGCGUGUCCUGACAGAGACUGCGGCGUAUGUGGACAUGCAGGACGCGGCAGGCCGAUCCGUGCUGUACCUGGCUGCACAGAAAGGCUUUGCUCGCUGUGUGGAAGUGUUGCUGGCUCAGGGCGCCUCCUGUCUACUCAAUGACAACCACCUCAUGUGGACUCCCAUUCAUGUUGCAGCUGCUAAUGGUCACGCGGACUGUCUUCGCAUGAUGAUAGAUUAUGGAGAGGAGGGCGAUCUCACCAACGUUGCUGACAAAUUUGAUCAGACUCCUCUGAUGCUUGCGGUCUUGGGGGGUCACAUCGACUGCGUUCACCUUUUGCUGGAGAAGGGUUCCUCGCCUGAAGCCAAGGACAAGAAGGGCAGCACAGCUUUACACAGGGGGGCUGUGUUUGGUCACACUGACUGUGUAGCAGCUCUCCUGGAUCACAAAGCGUCUGCACUGAGCCGGGACUCCCAGGGUAAGACUCCUCUGCACUACGCCGCGUCUCGAGGCCACGCCCACAUCUUGGCCGCGCUGACACAGGCCGCCAUCGCCACAGAUCCACAUGACAAACUGCUGGACAACAAACAAUACACACCGCUACACUGGGCUGCGUACAAAGGGCAUGAAGACUGUUUGGAGGUUUUACUUGAAUACAAAACAUUUAACCAUGAAGAGGGAAACCCUUUCACCCCACUGCACUGUGCUCUCAUUAAUGGCCACAGCGGUGCUGCAGAGAGGCUGCUGGAGUCUGCUGGAGUCCAAAUGAUAAACACCCGAGAUGCCAAAGGAAGGAUCCCACUGCACGCUGCUGCAUUCGCCGAGGAUGUGGCCGGACUGCAGCUGAUGCUUCGCCACGGAGCUGAAGUAAAUGUCGUCGACGACAGCGGGCGCUCAGCUCUGAUGGUCGCUGCAGACAGGGGGCACAGCGGAACAGUGGCCAUCCUCCUCCAUCGGGCCAAGGCUGAUCUGACUUUGCUGGAUGAGAAUAAGAACACUGCCCUGCACUUGGCCUGCAGCAAGGCUCAUGAGAUGUGUGCCUUGGUGAUUCUUGGGGAGAUCCACAAUCCCACUCUAAUAAACGCCACCAAUAGUGCUCUGCAAAUGCCUCUCCAUCUCGCGGCUCGUAAUGGUCUGUCCACUGUAGUUCAGGCACUUCUGAGCAGAGGAGCCACUGUGCUGGCCCUGGAUGAGGAAGGUCACACGCCAGCCCUUGCCUGUGCCCCCAACAAAGACGUGGCCGACUGCCUGGCUCUGAUCCUCUCUACCAUGAAGCCUUUCCCCGCGCGGGACCCUCCCUCCUCCUGCUCCUGCUCCCCCCCCUCCGUCUCGCCCUCCCCAGGUCUCAACAUACUCAAGCACUGCGGCAUCACUGCUGCCUGCACCCCGCUGCCUAGCAACGGCCUCCACAACGGCUACGUCAAAGAGCGUCACGGCGCAGCGGUGGGGUUAGAUGGGUGCUUGACCGAGUGAGAGCGAAUCCCCCCCACACCCACCUGAGGCUGCUAUCUCCACCAACACCACCAGGGGGCGCCUCCCUUUAACACGGCCGGAGAGAGCACCCACUGUCCCUGUUCUAUGUAUGUAUGUGCCGUGGGUCAUGUGCGUGUGAAUGUCUGGUCUUCUCUUGAGGUGCAGUCAAACCUAUUAUGCAAUUAGAGUCCAUUCCUUCAUUUCUUAGUAGUGCUUAAUACGUGGAGGCAAAUCGCUCUACUAGGUCACUCGGCUGAAGUCUGGCAACUAAACAAAAAAACAAACUUUACUAAUCUGACCUUUUUGAAAUGACGUAACCCUUUAAAAUAACGCUGAAAUAACUAAAACUCCAAUUGCAUGUAGCUUUAAGCAGUGACUGUCAUAUCAUGCUCUGCUGUGGUGACCUGGUAGAGUCAACAAUCACCCCUAAAGAAUGAUCAAAGACUUAAUAAUAAUAAUAAUAAUAAUAUUUAACUUUUUUUUUUUUGCUUUUUUGUUUUACUCAUCCAUUAGAUUCUUAUGAAGGAACCACACAAGGGAAAAUUUAGCUUCUGAGUGCAAUACAGUACAAUCCGAAUUGGAAAAGGGUCGAAAAGAUGUUAGUCCCAUUGUGUACUUUUAAUUAAUGCACGGCCUCAAAUUGUUUGGCAUUUAAUAUGAUUUGGUUUUGCUGCUGAAUAUAAAACUUCAUGUUGGGGUCUGCGUUGUUACAUCUACCUUAUCCGUAACGCUAACGACCCGCUAUUUUAAGAGAUGCUAAGUGUUUGUUAAGCUAGAAUGUUUCUAAGCAUAUAAGUUAUGACCAAAGUUGAUCAACACUACUAUGGCUAUAAAAUUAUUUAUUUGAGAUGAACUGUACUGUAUAGAGAGACAAUAGAUCUUGAAAUACCUCGUCAACUCGUUUAGCAGCUGCUUCAUCUUUCACCAGGGUCCAUAGUUCUAGGUUCUCAAUGGGGAACUAGAGUAGGAUAGUGACUGACAGAGGCCUUGUUUAUUUAGAUGAAGGCUUUACUAGUAAUGUCCAGGCUCGGGUCUACAGAGGUACAAAAGGGUGCAUCACAAUCUCAUUUAAAGUAGUUUGCAUCCAAGGUGCAUAAAUUAAUGAUACUUAAUUGAAGAGUAUUGUCUUUGCACCCUUAUGCACCCACAGUCAGUUUGGUCUGCACCCGGGCCUGGUAAUAUCUGCCAACAACACCUCAUCGAAGCAUUGUAUCUCUGAGCACAUAAAUGAACAAGCCAUUUCAAUUCUCCCAUCUCGCAACAGUGUUUUAAAAAAAAAAAAAAAAAUCGAAAUUUAAAACAGCCGAAAUAUUUAAGGAGUGAUCAGAUUUGAGGUUUUUAGGCACCAACCAGUCAUCAGCAUUUUACGCUUGUUUUUACAACUCUGACAAAAGAGUAUUUUCGAAGCUGGUGAACUAGUCUUAAAAAUCAAAUCUCUCGACUUGUCUGUGGUCGCCUCUGAUCAGUUUGAAAAGUUAAGUAUUAUUUGAUAUUUAUAUUGGACAGUUUUCAAGCAAUAUUUUGUUUUUUGCCUUUUUUGUUAAUGUUAUUGAAUAGACAAUCACUGUCACAAGGGCUUUUGUUUCCCUGGAAUGUGUUUGCUUUUGUUUAAUUAUAAUUUUUUUCUUUUAUUGUUUCAUGAAGACUAACCUAAAGACUAAACGAAUGGCUCUGUGUGUGCUGGGCAUUUUACUGUCAGUGUCAACUCAAAUGCACUGGAUUGCCUUUACGGCAUCUCAUGAAAUGCCUUUUGACCCAUGCCUUCUGUAACACAUCAUUUCAUGUAUUGUUUCAUAGGACAAGGUCUAACAUGGCUUAUCUUCUCACAAAUUAUAUUGGCAGCACAUUAAACCACGAUUGCACCAUAGUUUGUCAUAGAGAAAUGCCAGGGAGAGGACACCUAGCUUAUCCUGGCAUUUGCUUUGACCAGGGUGUUCAAACCCUCAAUAAAAACAAAUGGGGCUAAACGAAUCGCAGAGGGAAAUUUUGCUUAAUUGUACUCGUUUAUCAGGAAAAGCAGAAUUCCAAAUAUGUGAUCAUAUGUUAGAUAUUCAUUAUUGGUUUUUACUCAGAAUGAUUGUAACGGACCACUAGAGCUGUUUGUGACUUAGAUGUUAUAUCUAUGCUAUUUUUCUUUUUUUUUUUUUUUUUUUUUCCACCAACUGGUGGUAAAAAAAGUCAAAUGUUUUCAUUGGCGUGAUCGCUUCAUAUCCAAGGUGUGAAGUGGCACAGUUGCACACAUUAGCUGACUGGAUGAGAGAGGACCUAGACUAGGCUUUGUAGUGUAUUCCCCAAAAUGUCUUUCAUUUUCCUGAACGAACCCUGACAAUAGUGUCCUCUAGGUGGCGUUAUAGUUAGACUUCUGUGACUGAAAUGAAAUGGAAGUAACUAGAAAACCACAGCCUUUAUUCUCUUAAUAAUUUUUCAUGAGAACGUAAAUAUUCUUAUCAUUAAUAUUAGGAUUAGGAACAGUUGUUUGUAAUCUCAGGAUCUGUGCUAAAGCAGUGGACAGAAUUUGUGAAUCCAAUCAAAAUGCAGCCGAUUCUUUGUCGACAUUUUGUGAUGAUCAGUUUCAUUUUGAUCCCAGCACUUAAUUAGUAAAGCACGCACUUUAGUGCAUUCAGGUUCUAAUUGUGCAACUAGAGCAGAGUAAUGUAUGUACUUAUGUUUACAUGCAUGUGUGUUGCUGCUAAAACAACAUGGUGUCUGAUAAAAGCAAAUAAUUCUUUUAACCAAGCGUUCUCUGAGCACUUCAGGACAGUGUCCACUGCCCUCUGGCUUCACAGUGAAAGAGUUUAAUACUGAGGCUGUAUACUGGAGCCUCUCACUGCAGUCAGUGAUACCACAGACGCUCCACACUGCCCUCUGCAGGUGCAGUCUGUCUGGGCAGGGAUCUAUCCACAGUGAUGUCUUUACACCAGUUCACGGAGCCAUUUCCCUUGCAGCUAAAGCGUCACAGUAUUCUUAUAUCUGCUUUUUAUUUGUGUGAUAAUAUCUGAGUGACUGUGCAUGAAGUUAGCUUAUGUUCUGCUGCUGAAGCAGAGCUAGUAAAGUGUAAACUAUGUAUGGAGUCAGAAAUGAAAAGCAAUGAAAGGUCCAAUUGUAGCAAUAGUGUGUGUGUAAUAAUGUGCAGCACAAAUCUUGCACUGCCAUCAAUUUAGGCCAAUUCAGUAAAUUAUAACCUAAAUGCCAAUGGAAGAUUUCAAUGCGGGUUAGAUGUUCUAAUCUUUGGUCACAGAAAAGGCCUUUUUGCCAAAACGAGUCGAGCAGAAUGAGUUUAUGCAUUUGUUCAAGCCGUUUACAGUCUGACCAUCAAUCUGAGCCAUGAAUCUCGUGACUGAACUGAAUGUGGGGUCUGUUUAGGGCGGGCUUUAGUUCCUCCUGUCUUUAAACUAUGGCUCUUCAUUUGUCUUGCAUAGAUAUGAUUCUAUCGGUAGCAUGUAAAACUGUAUUCUUUUAAAUGAGACCGUGUGUGUAGUACCAGUAGUCUUCCUGGAUAGAGGAUCUGGAUAUGUUUGUGGCAUUAUUUUGGGUGUCUGGGCUUGCUAAUGUGUACUUUCACCUUUCUUUCUCUCUCUCUCUUCAUAUAUUUUCAUUUGUGCUAUGAAUUAACAUUGAUAUCUAUCCAUUCCAUUGAGAUUGCCUUACAUUACAGCAAAUACAGAGGGACAGAAAGGACUUACGGUUAAUCUAGACACAUGCACUCGUAAAGAGCCUACACCUAAGUAGUGCCAUAGAAACCUUUAUUUGCCUUUAGACAUAAUUCAUAGUUACUCACAUAUACAGUUACAUUGUGUUAAAAGCUUAGCCAAUUACGCUAACAAAUGGUACCGCAUGAAUUUUAGUACUGAAAAUGCAAGCUUUCUCUUCACUUUUAUCAUCAGAUAAUUUUUUUAAUUGGGAAUUAUUAAAUAUUGUUUGCCCAUUAUUUAUAUAUUAAUAAAGCAGUUCAUGAGUUGUAUGGCUGUUUAGCAGGUUUGAAAUAUGUAAAAAAAAAAAUAUUGAUGUCCAUUAAUUGCAUAUAGUUGUACAAAUUAGUUGCCUCAAAAGGAUGUCUUGGUUCUUACUUGAAACACUGACAAAUUCAAUUUAACUCUCUGAUCCACUGUUGAGCCUUUUGCCUUAAAAGCUAACAAGAAAUAUACCUGGCAGUACCUGAUAAUAUUCGCGUCUCCCAUAGAGUUAUGCUACUUGCUUGGAUUGCUUAAGAUAUUGGCUAAUUUUGGUCUUAAAGAUACCUGCUUUGGGUGUCAACAAAGCACACAACGAAUUGGGGUAGCACAUAGCUCAAGGUUGCCAUGGUGCAGAGAUUGUUUUGAAGUUGGGAUAACGCCAUAUUAGCCACUGUGAAUGAAUGAAUCCACUUAGAAACAAUCAAAAAGUUGGUGUCUCGUAUUGAAAUCUUACAGAUGCCGAGGAGAUGGUGGUUGAAAUCUAUAGGAAAUCUGAUGUCGAAUGAAAAAAAAAAAAUUGAACUUUUCUUGUACAGCUGUUAACAAAGUAAUAUAGUGUGAUUCAUGUAGUUGUGGAUAGUGUAAUUCUGCUUAAACCAGCCUAAAUCUGAAAUGUAUGUGCAUAGCGUUUCCAUGUCCUUUGAGAGGAGCAUGAAGUUGCACCUUGUGUUUUUAUUGGACCUGCAGUUAUACCUCACCAGUCAAAGCUGAGAUGAUCCUCUGUCACUCUCCAUCUACUUUAUGCCAAUUAUGUUUUUUUUUUCUUUAGUAUUGAGUGUGAUUGUAAUCUAGGCAUGUCUUACUCUAACAUGCUAAGUUCCCUUUUAGUGUAGACAGCAUAAGACCCCACUUAAAUGUUUAUCUCAUCAUAACUAAUAGAAUAGUCAUGCCGAAGCCUAUUGGGGAAAAGAAGGUAGCUAAUAAACUUUACCUCUGCAUGUUGGGAUGAUACUCCUUUACUGUAUGACUAAUGCUAGUUGACCACCUUCCCUGCCUAAACACUGGCUCCUCCCCAACCUGUAGGAUCUGUGUCAUUUGAAGCACAGCGGUGGCAUGGUGCCUUUAUAUGUUACUACCGAAAGGUACGGUCUUCCAUUUGUAUUUCCCAAAAGCCUUACAAUGGGAAAAGAAACACUGAACCAAGGCUACAGUGGCUGGUGCAUUUCACAGGAAAGAGUGGUUAUUUCAAACCUGCAUCAAAGUUUUUGCAACAAAGCUUAAAGGUGCAUAAUGGAAUUUUCUGAUGGAGGAUCUGCCAACCUAUUGUCUCCUGUAAUGUUCUAGUGUUCCAUAGUAUGGCAUUAAUCUUGCAUUUAUUCAAUUACAGGGUGUUUUAUUGAUAAAAAAUACUUGAAAAUCAUGCAUUCUAUCUUUGAGCGAGUUUGCCUCUUCACAGAUCUGACCUGCAACUUGGCCUGGUUAUGUCACCUGCCUGUUUCCAUGGGAAUGCAUACAUUUAAUGCCAUACUGUGGAACAUUGCUGGCAAAGGACUGACAUCUCCACAUCUGAAUCAGUUGUAUAGUACACCUUUAAAUACUUCUGAAUAGGUGAUUAAUUCUUAUAGAGCGCACCCUUAAGGUGGCUGGAUGAAUUGCACAUAGCGAUGCAAUAAUAGGGCACAUUACCAUUACAUUGAUCUGGAUCAAUGAAAGCACAAACCCAAAGAAGGCACCUGAGGCUCAGUUGGCUUUUCUGACACCAGUGGCAAAAGGAGUCUUCACCAAAUUCAAACAUAAACUCGACUCCUGAUGCUGAAAACAAUCAGCUUUGAUUGUCCGUUAGACAUUAACUGUAGAAAGACCGCUGUCUGGAGUUUCCUGAUUGUCCUUGUUGCUCUUUUGCUUUAUUUCAUCAGUAAUUAGUAACUUUAAACACAGUUGUCCAAUGCGGUACGUGCAUUCUGGAUCAUGUUUGUUGUGGCUGUGUUGCGAUUUGAUUGUGGAUAUUUUCUGUUGACUUUAGGGUAGACUGACUAGGUUUGCAGUACUAGUUGUGUGCAGUGUUAAUAACGGUGUGAUCAUAUUCUAGGAGUGACGUAAAAUUUGUUGUCUUACUGCGAAAUAUGGCAUGAAUCAUUUUGUCAAAGCUGACCUCGUUUGAAACAGACAAAAGAUAAAAGUGCAAUAACAUUUUGUUUCAUUGCUUCCUCAGUUGAAUAUCUCUAUUUUUAUGCCCUAUUUUGUUAUCACCAAAAGUCACACGUCUGUAGCAAAUGAAGGAUUCCUCUGGUCCUCCUGUUUGGUUCAGAAGUGGCAUUGGAACGUCGUGUGUUUAUUCCAUUUUUAAAACUGUGAUCUAUAUCAAACUUUAGACGCUGCCUGCUCAGAAAAGGACCGUGCACAAGUUAACUUAUAUGUUUGAGUAGGUGAGUGUAUGAUGGGCUUUGAUGGUAAUGUAGAUUAAACCUAUUUCCUUGAAUUCUGGUUUCUAGUCAGUAGACCUGUUAAUUUGCAUGUGUAGAUGUAUUAUAUGCAUCCUCCUCCUUGAAUGAAAUGUUUUCUCAAAAAUAUUUAGACCUGCUGUCAGUGACGUAUGCGGAUAAAAGGACUUUGAAAUGCCUUAUAUUUGUUUUAUUGUUAAGCAUUAAGGGUGAUAAGCCCUCCCUUUUCAGAGUGUAGCCUAUAGCCUGUAUAGACUCUUGAGAUUUGUAUCUGCUGUUUAGCCCAGUGUUUGUGAUUGUGGUUUAGAAACAUUCCCCUGAAAGUGCCGUUUGUUCACCAGCAGAGGGAGCUGUGGGGAAAAGUGUUGAAGGGAAAAAGCUGCAGUGUUUAAAUGAACCCCAGAGAAAGAGGAGUAUUUUGCAGGUGAAAUGAGGCCGCAGUCUGAAGGAGCACCUUAGCGACUCGCCCGGGCGCGGGUCCCAGCUGGAGUACUCUAAAAGCAGAGCCAUAUCAGAGAAUUGUCCCAAUAGGAGCCCCUUGAAUGUGCUAUUAGAAAUAGCCUACUGUAGUUAAGGAUGUAUUCUGCAUGUUCUGUGACAUAGUGGUAUUAGUCCCUUUUUGUUUUGUUUAGUCACCUUCACUGUAGAUGUUGCCUCUUCAUUGAAACUUCCGAGCUAUUAACAAUCCUCUCUCAACUGGACUAAAGCAGACGAGAUCUGCUGCGAAGGCAGCCUUAAAUCUUUGCCAGUUCUUGACCUGUCGGAUAUAAGGGGUUUCUCACUUUGAGUGGCUUAUCUAGAGAGGCCCUUUUGAGUGGAAGGACUGUGGAUCAGGGCGUGUGACAGUUACAAUCAGAUGUUUUCAGUGCACCUUCUCGAUUCUUACGAACGUUGGCUCGUCCACCAACAUUCCAAAGCUGAUCUGGUCACAGUGAAGUCCCAUUGAUAAAGUCCUUUGGCUUUGCUGAUGAAUGACGUAAGCGUGUGUGUCUUUGACAGGGUCCCUAUUAGCCUAACGUCGAUUACCUCAUUUUAAAGUCUGCAAAUAUACUACUCUACUGUGUGUAAAGGAGUCAAUGCCAUCACCAGCAGCGCGGUCUCCGGACCUGUGAUGACAGGACCAACAAGUCAACAUUAGCCAAAUUUACACAUCACCAGUUUUAGUCAAUAGUGCUUAGACAUGUUUCAACAUUUUUACUGGCAAAAAGGGCCUAGAGUUUAUCAGUUUGCAAAUAACUACAGGUGCUUCAAGACUAGUCAGCAUCUGAACCAAGUGCAAGUCCUUCACCAAAGUUUGAAAAGUUACGGUUUCUAGAGUCCACUGCUUCUCACGCGCUGACUGGCAAUAGCACCUUUGGUUAUUAGCUGUGUUUUAAUGCUGCGCUAAAACCAGAUGUGUUUAUUACAUAUUUAAAUGAAAUCAUGUUGGCAUCACUUGCUGUUUUCAGUAGCAUUUCUCCUACCUCUUUGUUUUGCAGCCUUGAAUAUUGUUUGUCCACCUGUUUCGACAAAGUACAGGAAUACAGAUUUAUUACAAGCAAUGGUAGUUAUUCAAGUGUGGUCGUGUUGUAUGUGUGUGUCUAUUGACAUUGGAAAAAAUAUUUAUGAGAAGCAUUUAUAUGACACAAUACCACUGGAAUGUGAAGCCAGACAAUGUUUUAAUGCAGAUUGAUGAUAGUCUACCCCCUUUAACUUGCAGUGGUGAGUGGUCAGAUAAUCAAUGCAUCUGGCUUUUAAAUUAUGUCUUAAAGAUGCAUGUAACUUUUCUGAUGGACGGUCUGUCACCUGUUUGUCUCGUGCAAGUGCUAUUGCUUUGCCUGGAAUAUUCCACAGUAUGGCAUUAAACCAAACCUAUUACCUUUUACUCAAUUACUGAUCUUUCUGUUCUUGUGUUUCAACUUCUUACUGUAGAUGGCAUUUUUGAGACUAUUCAUAAUUCAAAAGAUAUAAUAUUUUGGUUUAAAAUGUCAAUAUCUAUGUCAACCGUAGUGUUUUCAUCAGGCUAAAACCCGUGGAUUACAAAAAAAAAUACUUGGGUUUGUAAGAGUCACUUGCUUGUCUCCAUGGAGAUAGCAAAGUUUUAUACCAUACUGUGGAACAUUCUAAGAAAACAUUUCAGAUACUCCACCUAAAAACUUGCAUCAUACCUCUUUAAAUUUUGCAUUAAAACAUCACCACUGUCUUGCUUUUAAGUGUAUUACAACAUUACAGCUUCACUCGGGGUCAGCUAUUGAUCGCCCUGCAGUUAAAUGAAUUGAAGAGCUUGUCUAAAGAGGUGGAUUUGUAAAAUCUGUAGAGGGUCAGUUUGCCUUUUGACACCCAUUUAACCACUUUAAAACCAAAUUCUGCUACCUAAGCGUCGUCUACAUACGGCCCUGUGUUACAAAUCAGUCUGACGAAAGGGGUGAAAGACGAGGUGAACGGUUUGAGGUUUUCUGGCCUGAUCCUGGCCCGGUGUUUUCCAUAACCAAAACUCAAGUUAAGCUGUCAGCAUUGACCAAAAUACAAGCUGGACAAUAACAAAGUGCAAAUGUUUUUUUGUCUUCUAAACUGGCAUUAAAAUUUUUAAUAACUGGACAGCUUGAGAAGUAAAUAAAGACGGUAAUUGGUAUUUUAAAUCCCUUUUUUAAAAAUUUUGAUUGAAUGUUUUUAAUAAGUAUGUUUAAUUAAGCAUCAUUGUAUAACCAGGACAGGACCAGCCCACUUCAGAUAACACACUGUCUUACCUAAACCUCAAGCCAUUCAUUUUUCUGUUUUACUUUUUUGUUAAUUUCUUUUUUUUUUUUUUUUUUUUUUUCGACAAUGCAAUCCUGAAAGCACUUUGCCUUGUUGUUCUUUGUGUGAACAUGUGAAUGAUGAUUUGUUACAAUUGUUAAUAUUAUAAUAAUAUGUAAAAGAUCAUUCACUGUUUUGGAAAAACCUGCAUCUGUCUUUCUGACGUUAAAAGAAUAACUAAAAAAAGUGACAUUAAACCGGAAUCUAUUUUAUAAAAUGUUUGCUGCAGCCAAUUGGUCUUGUCAUUCAGUAUUGUGGCUUAGGGUUGUUUGUGUUCAAUAAAGUGCUAUUGCUAAAUAUUUA